UUUUUUAUCGUUUCUUAACAAAGGGUACCAAACCAACUAAAAUGUUCACUUCAUAUACAACCGCAUAAUAUUAACACCUUGCUCUCUCCCAAAAUUCUGUGAGUGAAGAGAGAGAGAGAGGGGGCCAAGAAGAAGAAGGAAAAGAAAAAAAAAUGGCUGUUUCAACAGUCUAUACAAUUCAACCCCUCAACUCCUCAUGCUCAAUCUCAACACCAACAAAAUCCCACUUGGGAUUUAGCCAAAAACAGCAAGUCUUAUUCUUCAGCAAGAGAAUAAACAGCAGCAGCAGCAGCAGGAGAAGCAGCAGUGAGAUAGCUUGCUCAGCUGAGAAAACAGUUGUUAUAGGCUUAGCAGCAGACUCAGGAUGUGGGAAGAGUACUUUCAUGAGAAGAUUAACAAGCGUUUUUGGAGGUGCGGCUGAGCCACCAAGGGGCGGCAACCCUGAUUCCAACACACUCAUCAGUGACACGACCACCGUCAUAUGCUUAGAUGAUUACCAUUCUCUUGACAGAACUGGAAGGAAAGAAAAGGGUGUCACUGCACUUGACCCCAGAGCCAAUAACUUUGAUCUUAUGUAUGAACAAGUUAAGGCCAUUAAAGAUGGUGUUGCUGUUGAUAAGCCUAUUUAUAACCAUGUUACUGGUCUUCUUGACCCUCCUGAGCUCAUCAAGCCUCCCAAGAUCCUUGUCAUUGAAGGAUUACAUCCAAUGUAUGAUCAGCGUGUAAGAGACAUAUUGGAUUUCAGUAUCUACCUGGAUAUUAGUAGCGAGGUCAAAUUUGCAUGGAAAAUCCAGAGGGACAUGGCCGAGAGAGGACACAGCCUUGAAAGUAUUAAGGCCAGUAUUGAAGCCCGGAAGCCAGAUUUUGAUGCCUACAUUGACCCACAGAAGCAGUAUGCUGAUGUUGUCAUUGAAGUUUUGCCAACACAACUCAUUCCUGAUGAUAAUGAGGGGAAGGUUUUGAGAGUAAAGUUGAUACAAAAAGAAGGGGUGAAUCAUUUCAGCCCAGUUUACCUGUUUGAUGAAGGCUCUACAAUUUCAUGGAUUCCGUGUGGGAGGAAGUUAACAUGUUCUUACCCUGGCAUCAAGUUUGCCUAUGGUCCUGAUACUUACUUUGGCAAUGAGGUUUCUGUAGCGGAAAUGGAUGGCCAAUUUGACAGACUGGAUGAGCUGAUUUAUGUAGAAAGCCACCUGAGCAACAUCUCCAGCAAGUUCUAUGGUGAAGUCACUCAACAGAUGUUGAAACAUGCCGACUUCCCUGGCAGCAGUAACGGAACAGGGCUCUUCCAGACCAUAGUGGGGUUGAAGAUCAGAGAUCUCUACGAGCAAAUUGUUGCUAGCAGGGCUGAAGCAUUGCAAACAGCAAAGGCCUAAGAACUUCCUAGAUGCAUGGAAACCCUUGUUCUUCGCAACUUUUCACUAAUUUUCCCAUCAGUUUUCCUCCACUCCAUGUAUCAGUCGACAUUAAAUGAUAAACUCUCCAAACGUGUGUGUUUGAAGCACAAAACUGUGAGACUUGUACCAUAAAGAAACAAAAGAAGAAAUGAAAUGGAAAAGAUAAAGGCAUCUGCAGCCUUUGGCAGAUUGCAAUUAUAUUUCGUUAAAUGCGAAAACUUCUACUGUAAUACAACCCUAUUGGUUUAGUGAUUAAGUUUACAAAGUUCA